GUAUAAAUAUCCAAACAAAUCCCCACUUCAAAAUCCCAAUCCGGCUCCUCUGAAUGGAGCUCUGCAAAACCCUCCUCAUCCCUAUCCGCCCACCUCCGCCGCAUCUCCGCCGCGCCCUCCCUCACCGCCCCGUCAAACCCACCGCUUCUCUCUCCACCUUCCCCACCACCACCCCUCCCGAGUCCACUCCCCGACUCAGCCUCGCCGAGUCCCUCCAAAACGAGACCUUGCAAACCCUAGAAUGGCCCUCCGUCUGCAAACAGGUCUCGGCAUUCACCUCCACCACCAUGGGCUUCUCAGCCGCGCAGGCCGGCCGCCUCCCGCUGGGAAGGAGCCCGGAGGAGAGCCGCCGGCUCCUGGACCAGACCGCCGCGGCCGCGGCGCUCUCUCGUCCGCUGGAUUUCUCGGGGAUCGAGGACGUGUCGGAGACCGUGAGGGUUUCGGUUUCUGGUGAAUUAGUCACUAUUGGUGAGCUUUGUGCUGUGAAACGGACUUUAAGAUCGGCUAGAGAGUUGUUAGGGCAGCUGGAGGAGCUUGCUUCCCGUGAUGAUGACUCUAGAGAGAGGUGUGUGCCCCUGCUUGAAAUUCUUCAGAGUUGCAAUUUCCUGAGUGGGUUGGAGCAAAAAAUAGGAUAUUGUAUAGAUUGCGAUUUUUCGAGAGUCCUUGAUAGAGCUAGUGAAGAUUUGGAGAUUAUUAGGUCUGAAAGGAAGAGGAACAUGGAACGUCUAGACUCUCUGUUGAAGAAAGUUUCAGCUUUGAUUCUUCAAGGUGGAGGUAUUGACAGACCAUUGAUAACAAAGCGUCGAUCUAGGAUGUGUGUUGGUAUUAGGGCGUCACAUAGAUCAUUGCUUCCUGAUGGUAUAGUUCUGAAUAUUAGCAGUUCUGGAGCAACAUACUUUAUAGAACCCAAAGAAGCAGUGGAAUUGAAUAAUUUGGAAGUGAGACUUUCAAACUCUGAAAAGGUCGAGGAGCAAGUCAUUUUGAGCUUGCUUUCAUCUGUGAUUGCCGAAUCUGAAAUAGAGAUUAAAGAUCUCUUGGAUAGAAUUCUUGAACUUGAUCUUGCUGUUGCGAGAGCUGCUCAUGGUCUGUGGAUGCAUGGCAUCUGUCCGAGUUUAUCUUCGGAGUGUUUUGAAUCUUCCAAAACUGAGUCUUCCUUAGCCAUAGAUAUUGAAGCUAUUCAACAUCCGCUGCUCCUUGAGACCUCUCUGAGAAGUUCAUCAGAUCCUAUAGAAUCCAAAUCUAGGAGUUCAGACCCUGUAAAUGAAGGAAAUGGUGCAAUGAAGUUUGAAGUGAUUUCUGGUUCAUCUGAUUUUCCUGUGCCUAUUGACAUCAAAAUUGGUCAUGGAACCAGGGUGGUUGUGAUCUCAGGACCCAACACUGGAGGCAAAACUGCUUCAAUGAAAACUCUAGGGUUGGCUUCUGUAAUGUCAAAAGCUGGCAUGUACUUGCCAGCCAAGAAGCAAUCAACGCUUCCAUGGUUUGAUUUUAUAUUGGCAGACAUCGGAGAUCACCAGUCCUUAGAACAAAACCUCUCGACUUUCAGUGGGCACAUAAGGCAGCUGUGUAAGAUCUUGGAGGUGGCCUCAAAAGAAUCACUAGUUCUUAUUGAUGAGAUUGGGAGUGGGACAGAUCCUUCUGAAGGUGUGGCUCUUUCAGCCAGCAUAUUGCAGUAUUUAAAAGCUAGGGUUAAAUUGGCUGUGGUAACUACACAUUAUGCGGAUUUGAGUCUCUUGAAAGAAACAGAUACUCGUUUUGAGAAUGCUGCAAUGGAAUUUUCCCUGGAGACACUACAACCUACAUUCCAGAUUCUGUGGGGAAGCAGAGGUGACUCAAAUGCCUUGAGUAUUGCUAAAACAAUUGGCUUUGAUGACAAAAUAAUUGAGCAUGCACAUGUAUGGGUGAAGAAGCUGAUGCCAGAAAAGCAGCAGAUGAGGCAAAGUUUGCUAUAUCAGUCACUAAUGGAUGAGAAGAAUAGGUUGGAAAUCCAGGCAAUGAGAGUUACAUCUCUUCAUUCAGAUAUUAUGAAGCUUUAUCGCGAGAUCAGAGACGAGGCUGAAGAUCUUGAUGGGCGUGAGGCAGCUCUCAUGGCUACAGAAACUCAAAAGGUCAAACAAGAGAUAAAGGCUGCUAAAUCUCAGAUGGAAGCUGUAUUGCAAGAGUUUGAGAAUCAGCUUAGAACAACAAGUGCCAAUCAAGUGACUUCUCUAAUCAAUAAGUCAGAGUCUGCAAUUGCAUCCAUAGUAGAAGCUCACUGCCCUAGUGAUGUUUUCUCCACCAGAGAAGCAGGUGACAGUUCUUAUACCCCACAGAUUGGAGACCAAGUCCAUGUGGAGGGAUUAAGAAAUAAGCUAGCUACUAUAAUCGAAGCUCCUGGUGACGAGGCCACCGUCCUUGUGCAAUGUGGGAAAGUCAGAGUUCGUGUAAAUAGAAGCACUAUCACAGCUCGUAAACGUAGCAAUGCAGUCGCUGCAAAAAGCUCGGCGCCACCCUUGAAAAGGAAGGUUCAGGGGAGCAGAAAUUCGAGGAAUAUUUUGGAUUUAAGCAAUGAUGAGGAGGAUUCUUAUGCACCUGUGGUGCCUACAUCGAGGAACACAGUAGACUUGCGCGGAAUGCGAGCAGAGGAAGCUUCUCACUACCUCAACAUUGCCAUCAGUUCAAGGGAAUCUAAGUCAGUUAUGUUUAUAAUACAUGGGACAGGCAUGGGGGUGAUUAAGGAGCGUACUAUUCAAAUAUUAAAAAACCAUCCACGCGUUACCAAGUUUGAACAGGAAAGCCCAAUGAAUUUUGGUUGUACAGUUGCUUAUAUCAAUUGAAGUACCAUUUUUUGUAGUAUAAGAUAGAACCGUAAAGAUGGAUGAGUAACUAUAUACUCUGCUAUGCCUCGUGCUGUACUUGUUUAUAUGGUGCAGUUCGUUGGUGUUCUAACCAUCAAUUUCUGAAAAUUAUUUGGACCUCUGGCUUAUACCAAUGGGAUGGAAUGGAACAAGAGUUUUAUUCACGCUAA